AAAAAAUAUAUUAUUUUUUAAUUAAAUUUAAUUUCGCACUAUACGUAUUUUAAAGUAUUAAUUGAAUUUUACAAUAAUUACGUAUUAUAUCACUUAAUAAGAAUGAAUUAUAACAUCUUUAUAUUUAUAUUGGUAGUCGACGCAACGAAUAGGCAGAAAGAACACGACAAAAAGUAUGUAAUCAAGUUUUUAAAUUCAUUUCUAAAAUUAAACAACUGGGAGCCUUCAAAGAACUGGUUGUAUGACUACUCUACAAAGGACUCUACAAAGAACGAAAUCAUUAGAGUAUAUGAUCUAUUAAUUGAUGGAGAAUAUUUUUUAAACUUCGUCGAUAAAAAUAAUGUUGAUAAAAAACUAUAUGAAACAAUAUUGCUUAUUAAUAAUGAGUACGCCAUAAGUUUAGUAUGGAUCGUGGAUCACUUAAACAAAAUAAUUUUUGAAUGUAAAGAUAUCAAAGAUUUUACAAAAAAAGAUCAUUGUGUUGAUUUAUUAAUAUCAAGUGUUAAGAUUUCUGAACAAAUUGUAACACGUUUUAUCAGUGCAAUAAAUGUCCUACUGAAUUUGUCAAAUAUCAUAACCAACCCAUUUAUUUUAGAAGAUUUACACAUUUUUGUUGAUAUGAAGAACACUUAAGAGAAGGUAUUCAGAAAAUGACUGAAGGUUUGUACACAAAACUGGGAUUUUUUUAUGACAUGGAAAAAUUAGAAAUUUCUAAUAUUCACUUUAAAAGUUAAAAGAGAAAAAAAAGCUUAUUUUGUUUUAACUGUAUUUAAUUGUUAAAUAACUUUGUCUCUAAUAUAUUGUUUUUAAUAUGCGUGGAACAUAAAAAAUAAAAUAAAUCCAUCAAUUAUGUUUCUUGGUGUUUAGAUAGUUUUUUAUAAUGUAUCAAAAUGUUUAUCAGAAUAUACACGUAUAAAAAGUUUUUCUUACAUGUAAUAAACUUCAAG